AUGGCGGCAGAGUCGAGCGACGUGCACAUGACUUCGUCCCCGCCGCCCGCGCCGCCCGAGUCCAGCGAGCCGCGCUACGGCGGCUACUCGCGAUUCGAAAUCGAGCUCGAGUUUGUCCAGUCUCUCGCGAACCCCCUCUAUCUCAACCACCUCGCGGCGCAGAAGCUGCUGACGCAGCCGGCGUUCGUCGCCUACCUCGCCUACCUGCAGUACUGGAGCCGCCCGCCGUACCUCAAGUACUUGACGUACCCGGGGCCAACGCUUCGCCAUCUCGAGCUGCUCCAACAGGAGCGCUUCCGACAGGAUAUCAUGAGCCCAGACCUGGUGCAGCGGCUGGUGGAGGAGGGCAUGCGGAGCGCGGUGCAGUGGCACCGGGAGGGGGCCUGA